GCGACAGCUUAGGGCAGCUCUCCGUAACCAGAAUGACCGUCUCAAUUAGCUAUCCGUGAAACGCCGACAAACGUGCGAUCAUGUUCUGUUGAACAAUGAAAAUUCUGUAUGCAACAAGGGCUGAUUUCUGAGCCCCCACUUGCCGUACACCCUCUGUCACUUGUGACGAUCUAGCUGAUAAUACAGUCCGACCACCGGCUAUCUCUGAAAACUGGAAAUAGGGGAGAUGCAUCUUAAUCAAAGAUGACAGCAUCAACAAAGGGUGCGAUUUUGACUGUCACAACGGCUCUUGUGUGGUGCGCGAAGGUCUCGGCGAGUAAUUCUAACCUUACCGUGUCUCCCGGAGCGUACGCUAAUCCUCUGAUGUACAAUGUAGGACCCAACUACACAGUAUGGCGCACCUUGUCUACUGUUGGCUUUAAUCCCACCAACACUGCACCCACAUUCAUUCAGGUCUUUGACCCUUUGUUCCUCCAUGUCACCAGAUCAUCCCAGACCUCAACGCAGGCCUCCUUACAAGCAACUGAUGCACUCGGGUACAACGGCUGGUACAAGAACAGCAUCUCAGCAUGAUCAAUAUGACAGAAGUUGACAUGGCGCUGGCUUCUACAACGGGAGAUGUUAAUAUACAAGUUCAA